GAAUAUCCCAAUAGAUAAAGUGGCGAAGGCAGGGGCGCAAAUCCUAAAAGGCGUGUGUGCGCGUUUUCCGAUGGGCUUCUAUGACAACAAUCUGCGAUUGGGAAGAAUGCGGGGGCCUCGAGUGUGAUUGGGGUGUAUUGUGUCCAAGAAGAAGGUGCUGAUUGGUCUAAUGAAAACCCCCGAAUUGUAUGCACUUUAAAUUCAUUCAGCUGCCUCGAGUGCUAAAGUGAUGAUGAUGACGCCGAUUUGGGCUCAGUCGCUCUGCGGAUGCCAGCGGGCCCGAGGUCGCUGAUGAACUGGGCUGCAUCUUCGUCCGCCUGACUGAUCCGAAGGUUCAAAUCGCCCGUUCGAUACGAGGGGCGCACUGCACGGAGCGUUUUCAAGGCCAGGUUGCAGAUUUCAGACAGAACAAGGCAACGACCUCUUUCACAAAUCCACCGUUUCGCCUUCACCUGCACUUCGGACUGCCCACCUCCCUGUCUACUUGACGAGAUGCUUUUGGAUUAAAUGUUCUCCCUCCAGCAUGGCUUAUACCGACAGCGAAGUGAAGACCCUCCUCAAUUUUGUCAAUCUCGCCUCCAGUGACAUCAAAGCUGCUUUGGACAAAUCGGCCCCCUGCCGAAGGUCCGUGGACCACCGGAAAUACCUACAGAAACAGCUGAAGCGGUUCUCCCAGAAGUACUCGCGGAUCCCCAGGUGUUCCGCACACCGCAGCGCCGAAUCUCCGAUGUCUAAAAAGGGAGAUGGGAAAUCGACAGGUGGCGCCCCGGAGGCGGCGCAGGGCAGCAGCCAGGCUUUAGCGGUACUCGCUAACAAGGACAGCGACACCUCGAAACGUACGAGCCCGAGCGCCGGGGUCGACAAGGACUGCGGGUUGCAAGAUCAGGUGCCCAUGCGGAAGCGACAGUUACCUGCGUCCUUCUGGGAAGAGCCUACCUCUUCCAACGGCCUCGAGCGGCCCGGCAGGAAGGGUGCCGACGAUCAGCACCUCAAGCGGAACGGGGGCGACUCGAGCAAGGUGGCAGAAGGGGACCGGGUCGCCCCACAAGUGAGUGCGGCGGCGUCCAGGGCCAGGAUGUGCGGUUGCUGCCCGUUCCCGUGUCACGGUCAGCAGUUACACCAAGGUCACCUCGUGCUACCCCAUGCCGGCUUCUCUGACGUCGCUUUAUGGGGAAAAUCUGGUUCCUGUCCAAGCGAAGCGCUGGGCUUUGGCCACUCGAGCCACGCGCACGUCGUGCUCAAGCCCAUCCCAACAAAGCCCCCCGUCCCGUCGCCCAUCUUCAGCGUGUUUGGAUUUAUUUAAGGUGCGCUGCUUGUGAUGCAAUGACGAACCUGUCAGAAGCCGACCGGAGAGAACAUGGGAGAGUCUUCUGAAGAAGACACAUAGAAGAAACAGCGUCGGGGGGCGGCGAGGAACGCAGACACCUUUGUUCGAAUGGCUUUUCUAAACGCCGCAGGUGUCUGCCUGCUUAUCAGCCCCCGGAAAAUGCGAUUACCCUUUACAAAGUGCCCGCGCCCGCUUUGAAAGACUUGGAGCAAAGAAAAAAGGAGCUGAGCGAAGAAAGGGUUAAAAAAAAAAUCAACAAAAUAUGGAAAAUAAAUGUGACUGGCAGUGAAACGGGAGCCCACGUCCAUAGCACUUUAAAUCUGAAAUGAGCUGGCCAUGUCUGGGAACGGGCACCUCUGUAUGGUCGUUUGACGAAACGGCGGACGAUGGGGUGCAAAUGUAUAGAAACUGUGGAGAAAAUCGAUUCGCCUGUGUUGUUUGUGUCUGUCUGUGCACUGUGGGCAUUACCCAUAUAGCGUCUUUCUUCAGUGCACACCUUUUUCGUGUAUGGUCUGCAUACACCAGUAAUGUGAUCACCGGGUAAGUUCAGUGACUCGCUCGGAGUCAAAUGUGAUAUAGCGCCUUCCUCCUUACAUUGUGUAUCCAUAGUACUACUGCUGAGUUAUAUAUAUUAAAACUUGAAAACGG